GGAAGAUUGCUGACGAAGGAGGAAGUGAAGACUUUCGAGGACGACGGGUACUUGUUGCUAGAAGGAUUCGCAACGGAUGAGGAAAUCCGACGGCUGCGCGAGCGGAUGGACGAGUUACUCGACGGGUUCGAUCCGUCGUCGACUCGUUCUAUUUUCAACACAACGGAACAGAAACGUCGCACCGACGAUUACUUCUUUAAGAGCGCCAGCAACAUCUCCUUCUUCUUUGAGGAAAAAGCUUUCGAAAACGACAAACCAGGUCUGCUGACUAGACCGAAACACGUGUCCAUCAACAAGGUAGGGCACGCGUUACACGAUCUCGAUCCCGUUUUUCGACAAUUUUCUCGCUCUGCUAAAAUCGCGAAAAUCAUGCGGUCGCUGCGCUACCGCCGCCCCAUCCCUGUCCAGUCCAUGUACAUCUUUAAGCAACCGGGAAUAGGAGGAGAGGUGGUACCUCAUCAGGACAACACGUUUUUGUACACGGAGCCUCCGUCUUGCAUCGGGAUCUGGGUGGCAUUGGAGGACGCGACAAAGGAGAACGGGUGUUUAUGGGCACUGCAAGGUUCACACACAGAGGGAAAGCCUGUACGCAGAAUGGUGAGAUCGGAGGAAGGAGGAGGAGGAGGAGGAGAAGGAGGAGGGGAAGGAGGGCGAUUAACCAUUCGAUUCAUUGGGGGUGACCUUCCUAAUUAUGAUCUAUCGAAAUUUCGACCGGUGGAGGUAAAAGCAGGGACGGCGGUGAUUCUUCACGGAAGUGUCGUUCACAAUAGCUAUGAGAAUACGUCUUCGAAAUCGCGACACGCGUACAGUUUGCACCUUGUUGAGAGUGAUGGGUGUACAUGGGAGAAGGAUAAUUGGUUGCAGAGGGAGGAGGGACGUCCCUUUGAGCCUCUUUACGUUGCCUGAUGCAUCCAUGAUGCACAGAGAUGACAAGUCCGAAGCCUCGUAGGGCACUCCCUCCUCCACGCAUGAUGGGAGAAGGAUAAUUAGGUGCGGAGGGAGGAGGGAGGAGGGAGGAGGGAGGGACUGCCCUUCGAGCCUCCCUCAUCUCCAUGAUACAGAGAGUGAUGGGUGUUCUUUACGUUCACAAUAUAUUAGCUUCGACAAAAAGUGUUCCUAGUCGCGACACGUGUACAGUUUGCAGCUUUUUUUUUCUUUUUUUUUCUCUUUUUUUUUUCUUUUUUUUUUUUUGUGGGUUUGCACGUUAUUGAGAUUGAUGGGUGUAGAUGGGAGAAGAAUAAUUGGUUGCAGAAGGAGGAGGGGGGUGGAGGGAGUUCCCGUCCACCCGCUUUACGUGGCAUGAUCCAUGCAUGAGAGAGCGAGAGAUGGUAGGUGUUAAAAAAAAAAAGAAAAAAAAGAGAGGAGGAUGGAUGAUAGUCUAGCCUGGUGCAAGGAGCAAGUUCAUUAGUGAAAAAAAAAAAACAAAAAAAAAACCGAAAG